UUGAUCGUAGUGCCGACGCUUUCAGCGGAUGACGCAAUGCAACGACGCUUUCCAGACGCGUUCCAGUUCGGUGUCGGGACGUCCGCUUACCAGAUCGAAGGUGGCUGGAACGAGGAUGGCAAAGGGGAAUCAAUCUGGGACCGGCUUUCGCACGCCGUACCGACAAAGAUUGCGGAUCGAUCGAAUGGGGAUGUGGCGUGCGAUAGUUACCACCAGUGGAAGCGAGACGUCGAGAUGGUGAAGCAACUGGGUGUGCAAUACUAUCGGUUUUCACUUUCCUGGCCCCGCAUUAUGCCGACCGGGUUGAGCAAUAGCGUGAACGUGAAAGGGCUCGAAUACUACAGCAAUCUGAUUGAUGAGCUGCUCCGGAACGGAAUAAAACCGAUGGUGACACUGUACCACUGGGAUCUUCCCCAACGGCUGCAGGAGAUGGGUGGAUGGUUGAAUCCGGAGAUCGCGCAGCACUUUGUGGAGUUUGCAAAGGUCGCUUUCAGUAGCUUCGGUGAUCGGGUACGGUUGUGGACGACGAUCAACGAACCGUGGCACAUCUGUGAGAAUGGGUACGGGCGGGAGGAGAUGGCACCGGGGUACGAUUUUCCCGGCGUGCCGGCGUACAAGUGUGGACACAAUGUGCUGCGAGCGCAUGCGGAAGCUGUCCAUCUGUAUCGUACAGCGUUUAUGGAACUUCAAGGUGGAAAGAUCGGUAUUUCGCUUGAUGCUCGUUGGCCGGAACCGGAACACGUGUCCUCGGAGGAUGAUUUGGAAGCUUCCGAAUGGCAGCUACAGUUUCAUCUUGGCUGGUUUGCACAUCCCAUAUUCAGUGCGGAAGGAGACUAUCCACCCAUAAUGAAGCAACGGGUGGGGAAUUUGAGCGUAGAGCAAGGCUUUCCACAGUCCCGAUUGCCCGAAUUUACCGCGCGCGAACUUAACCUUCUGCGAGGAUCAUCGGAUUUUUUUGCACUUAACACCUACACAACCUCGCUCGUGCGCAAGAACGACGCAGAGAACUCGGCCGGCUAUCCAGAACCUUCGUAUCUGCACGAUAUGGGUGUAGUCGAGUUUGCCGAUCCCGACUGGCCCACAGCAGAGCAUACGGCGUGGAUAAAGAUAGUACCGUUUGGGUUGCACAAAUUGUUGAACUGGAUCAAAGAUAACUACAACAGUCCCAUUAUUUACAUCACCGAGAACGGCAUCGGUUCCGGCCCCGGUACGAGGGAUAUACAGCGUGUGGAUUACUUCAACUACUAUCUCAACGCCGUACUGAACGCCAUCGAGGAUGGGUGUGAUGUGCGCUUAUACGUGGCCUGGAGCCUGAUGGAUAAUUUCGAGUGGAGAGAUGGUUAUACACAAAAGUUUGGCCUGUACUAUGUGGAUUUCGACGAUCCGAAGCUAACACGGUACGGCAAGAUGUCGUCGAAAGUAUUCAAACGUAUUGUGAAAACGCGUACGAUAGAUUUUAACUACUAUCCAGAGCCGGAUGUAUACUUAACCGGCUACAAAGGUAAAGGAAUAUUGCCGCUGCCCGAUCUGUUGGUGUUUGGUUUGACAACGCUGGUUGCAAUGGUUGCGCGACGUGUUUGUGCAGUGCUUUUCUAG